CAGUAGCUGUGUGUGUAUAGUUUAUUUUACAUUUUAUCCAUUCCAUGAUUCUAAAAGUUUGGAAAUAGCCUAAUUUAGUGAUAUCAUAAUAGCCUAUUCUAUAAAACUAUAAUGGACUAACCCCGGGGCCAUGCUAUGCCAUAUUGUGCAGUGUUGAACAGUUUUGAGAACAGACAAAGACAAAUUAUUGCCUUGUUAAGUGAUAAUGCGAAAGAGACUUAUUAGUCGAGUCUUCACCCGGAAGUGGGGAUUCCCUCACUGUAAACAAAAACAAUGUCAAACUAUUGCACCAUAAAUCCGGUAUUUUCUAUGAUUGCACCAUGCUUUUAUGAACGAAAGAAGAAACGAGAAUCUUUGACCAGAACAUGAUAGAAGGGCAACAAUGUAUCAUAAAAGUAUAGCAAUUCACAACGAUAUCAGCUGACCAUGGAUUUUUGUAAUAGAUGUGGGUAUAUGCUGAAGAUAGAUGGACAUUUUAAAGAGGGAAUCUGUUCAAUUUGUUCAAGUCUAGAAUUACAAUACAAUUCACAUUUACCAUCAGAGUUUUGUAUUGAUUGUGGCUAUCUUACACAAAACACUAAUUCAUUUCGUUGUCAAGCUUGUGAUGAAAGUAAUAGAAAAACAGAUUCUAGAGUUGUUAAUGGUACUGUAAGCUGUAAAUGUGAGUUUUGUCAAGGAGACAGUUUUCAUGAAAUAGUCAUUGAUAUCAGGUCUUUCUGUUUGACAAACUCACAUAAUUCAAAUGUAGAAACACCAAAAUGGACAAGUGAUAAAGAAAGUGCAGUCAGUGAAGCAAUAAGAGAAAGUUGGAAAAGAGAGCAGAAUAUUUUAAAGGCUAAAAUGAUUCUAGAAGAUAGUAAAGAAGUCAGUAAAUUAAAACGAGCUAUCGAGAAAAAUCAGUAUGGUAAUGAAAAAUACUAUCUAGGUGGAAUGGAUAUAUCUUUCAUUAAAGGGGAUGACGUCAAUGCAUGUGCUGCCUUGGUUAUACUCAGCUUUCCAAGUUUAGAGGUGGUAUAUGAAGAUUAUGAAAUGAUAGAACUAACAGCACCAUACAUUCCUGGUUUUCUUGCCUUUCGUGAAGCCAGUUUUCUGGUUGAUCGAUAUCACAAACUCAUAUCUACACAUCCACACCUCAAACCUACUGUGAUAUUUCUGGAUGGAAAUGGUUUGCUUCAUCCUAGAGAAUUUGGAGUAGCUUGUCAUGUUGGUGUAUUAUUAAAUACACCAUGUUUAGGUGUAGCUAAGAACCUGAUUCAUCUUGAUGCUAUGGAUAGUGAUGCAAACUUCAAGACUGAAAAAUUAAAACUAAAGAAAGGAGGAGAUGUGAUGCCAUUAAUAGACAAUAAAAAUGACACACUGGGCAUGGCAUUACGUAGUUUGGAUAGUACAACGAAUCCUAUCUAUAUAUCUAGUGGUCAUCUGGUCAGUUUAGAUACAGCUGUAAUACUAGUUAAAGCUUGUUGUAAAUAUAGGAUACCAGAACCAGUUAGACGGGCUGAUUUGAACUCAAGAGAAUUUCUUAGACAAAAGCAAGCUACUUGAGGAGUAAUGAGCAGAGUCCGACUUUUAAUUACAUUUCACUAUAUAGUAUCUGUCAUCGCAAUCGAUUUGUUGCAUAGUUCCAAUAUAUCUCACAAAAUGUUGAGAAGAACAUCCUUUGUUGAAUGUGUUAUUGAGUAAUGAAUUUGCUCAAAUGUUUUUUAUUCCUCGGAAAUCUCUAACAAUUUUAACAGGGCUCGCACCAAAAUUACAUAAGGUUCCAAAAAACAUUUUUAAUAGUGUUAACCCAACACAUUCUCAUUAAAACUACAUAAGAGCCCAUAAUGUUCCAUAAAACAUAUUUAAUGUGUUACCCAACACAUUCUCAUUGUAACCAGGCCAACAAACAUUUUUUUUAUCUUGCUCGACUCACACCAGAAAUUAAUGUUUAAGGGCACUGAUUGCACCGCACCAGAAUUUUAAUUGCUUCUUUGCCCCUUGUCAGCUAAAAGACAGAGGUAAUCGGGGUACAAAUUUUUUCGGGUUCCCCUUUAUGUCCCCAUUUAGGCAAGGAAUAAUCCCACUAUGUCUUAGGAAUUCCAUAGAGAAUUUUGUCUGGUAUACACCAUUGCAAGCUUUAGUAGUUAACCCUGAAAGAUAAAUUUAUAUUGGAAACUUGAUAUGGUAAUAACUCAUGAACAAUGUGGCCAUACUAAAACAAGUCAAGCAAUUAAGUUGAUUUUUUUAAUUCUGAUUUAAACAUUAAUGACAGCACUUAUACAAAAAUAUAUAUUUUUCUAACACUAGAAAAGCAAUUUAUCAAUCUAUCUUAAUAAUUGUUAUAUAUUAAUUUAUUUCUGUGAUAUUUAUUAAUAUUUUUGUACACAAUUAUAUUUAUUAAUGUAUUCUAAUUUUUUCCCUUCUGAAAUAAAUUUUUUAUGUUUCA